AGCUGUGAUCCAGCGUGUAUGAUUUUCGUGUGCUGCAUGAGAUGGAAGUACUUUGAAGCGACUUCACUAAAGUUCGCUUGUUAAAGUCCACAACAACAAUGGAGGCGGCCUCCGGGCGCGUGGUCUCCUGCCUGUUAACAGCCUCGUACAGUUUCCCGAGUGCCAGGUCUGUGGUGGGAUGUACACGGCGGUGACAAUGACCCCAGAAAUCUCUCUGGGCAGCCACAGCGGUCUGCACGAGAUGAUUAGAUAUUCCAGAUACAGUGUGUUUUCCUUUUGAACAAGCCUUUCAUCAUAUUGAAUUACUGAAGAAGGCAGUGGCGCCAGCUUGGCAGAGUCAUGGCAGGGUGGAGACCAGCCAGCCUCCUCAUUUUCCUCCUGGGAUUCCUCUUCCUUUCUGAUGCCUCUAUGUACCUCUCUGGCCAGCGGCUAAGGUCACGUUUGCAGAGGGACAGACGCAACGUUCGCCCAAAUAUAAUCCUCAUUCUCACUGAUGACCAGGACAUAGAGCUUGGCUCUAUGCUGGCCAUGAGCAAGACAAAGCAUAUAAUGAUGCAGGGAGGCACCCACUUCUCCAAUGCAUUUUCCACAACUCCCAUGUGUUGCCCAUCUCGGUCUUCCAUUCUGACUGGAAAAUAUGUACACAACCACCACACCUACACCAACAAUGAGAACUGUUCAUCUCCUUCAUGGCAGGCCCAUCAUGAGCCUCACACUUUUGCUGUACACCUUAACAAUUCAGGCUACAGGACUGCUUUUUUUGGAAAGUAUUUGAAUGAAUACAAUGGCUCCUAUGUGCCACCUGGCUGGAGAGAAUGGGUAGCACUCGUGAAGAACUCUCGCUUCUACAACUACACUCUGUGCAGGAAUGGAGUCCGUGAGAAGCAUGGCAUGGAGUACUCCAAGGACUACCUCACGGAUCUAAUCACAAACGAUAGCAUCAACUACUUUCGGAUGUCCAAAAGACUGUCUCCCCACCGGCCUGUAAUGAUGGUCCUGAGCCAUGUUGCCCCUCAUGGCCCAGAGGAUGCAGCACCUCAGUAUAGCACAGCCUUCCCUAAUGCCUCCCAGCACAUCACCCCAAGCUAUAAUUAUGCCCCCAACCCAGACAAACACUGGAUUCUGCGCUACACUGGUCCUAUGAAGCCCGUUCACAUGCAGUUCACCAACUUGCUGCAGAGGAGGAGGCUACAGACCCUGUUGUCAGUGGAUGACAGUGUGGAAAAGAUAUACAAUAUGCUGGUGGAGACGGGUGAACUGGACAACACCUAUGUUAUCUACAUGUCUGACCAUGGCUACCACAUCGGCCAGUUUGGCCUUGUCAAAGGAAAGUCCAUGCCCUAUGAGUUUGACAUUCGUGUGCCUUUUUACAUACGAGGGCCAGAUGUGGAAGCAGGUGCCAUUAACUCCCACAUAGUUCUCAAUGUUGACUUAGCUCCCACUCUACUUGAUAUGGCUGGAGUAGACAUUCCUGUGGACAUGGAUGGGAAAUCUAUUCUGAAACUGCUGGACACUGCUAGACCAAUUAACAGGUUUCAGUUUAACAAGAAGGGGAAAGUAUGGAGGGAUUCUUUUCUGGUAGAGAGAGGGAAGCUUCUGCAUAAGCUGUCAGAUGGAAAGGAGGAGAUGCAGGAGAACGCUCUGCCGAAGUACCAGCGAGUUAGAGAUCUCUGCCAGAAAGCAGAAUAUCAGACUCCCUGUAAGCAGCCGGGACAGAAGUGGCAGUGUGUGGAAGACCCCUCAGGCAUGCUGAGGUUGUAUAAGUGUAAGAGUAUGGCAGGUCUCUAUGCCCCCCAUGCUCAGGGCCUGAUGUCCAGUAAUGCUCAACUGUACCAGCGUGGAUCACCUUCACGGCACUGUGACUGUGAGCCUGCUGUGCCUUUCAAGAGAAAGAAGAUGCUCACCAAGAGGAAACUGAAGCCAAAAAAGAGUUUGUCUCGGAAUCGCUGGGCCCGGGCACUCCCACCUUACUUGGACAGUAGUGUUUACACUUUGGAUCUGGAAGAUGGCUACCAGCCCAUCACACCAAAGAAUAUCAGUCACACACUGGACAGAAAACAGGCCACUUAUGAAGGCAAUGAAGAGUUCAGCGGAAUGGAACCUACAGACAACAACCUCAUGCUGCCUGCAGCCCUUAAAGUUACCUACAGGUGUUCAAUACUAAUAAAUGACACAGUGAAAUGCGAUGAUGGACUGUACAAAUCACUACAGGCCUGGAAAGACCACAAACUACACAUUGAGCAUGAGAUUGAGACUCUACAGACCAAGAUAAAGAACCUGAGAGAGGUCAAAAGUCACCUGAAAAAGUUUCGGCCAAAAGAGUGUGAAUGCAACCACAAAAUUUAUCAGUACAAGAACAUGUCACUCAGACUCAAGUCAGAGCACAUGCGUUCUCUAAGACUGGCGUCUAAAGAUAAGAAGCAGUGGCUACUGAAGGAACAAAAGCGCAGGAAGAAGCUGCGGAAGAUGCUGAAGCGUCUCCGGAACAAUGACACCUGCAGCAUGCCCGGCCUUACCUGUUUUACUCACAAUAACCAGCACUGGCAGACUGCCCCCUUCUGGACAAUGGGGCCAUUCUGUGCCUGUACCAGUGCCAACAAUAACACCUACUGGUGUCUAAGGACCAUCAAUGACACCCACAACUUCCUGUUCUGUGAGUUUGCCACUGGAUUCCUGGAGUACUUUGACCUCAACAUGGACCCUUAUCAGCUGAUAAAUGCUGUUGGUUCACUGGAUCGCAGUGCACUCAACUACAUGCAUCUGCAGCUCAUGAAGCUGCGCAGCUGCAAAGGUCAGAAGCAGUGCAGCCCUGAUACAGGGCCAAAAGAACAAAACAACUUCAAUGAUUACAGGCCCCUUCAUCGUCGAAAGAGGCCAAGAGUGAAGAAACCUUCCUCAAAAUCAAUGGGACAGAUCUGGGAAGGCUGGCUGGGCUAAAUUUGGCCUUAGCCCAUUAAGGAGAAACAGAAGCAAAGGACACGAAGACCCGGGCAUCCCUUGCAAAUAGAAAACGCUUUAAUCUAUUUCAACAAAAUGUGGAAUAUGUGGAAGCUAUCUCACAGUGGCAGUGCUCUCUCUCUC